AUGGACCUACCGCUCGGACCAAAUUCGUCUUCGGGAAAGUUCAACAUGGAUCAUAGCACGCCAUGGCCAAGAAACCUCUACUUCCACAUAAAGCGCCGUGAAUGGCGAGCCCGAUACAUUUACCAGGGGAAGAAGAGGAUGAAGAACUUCUCACUCAAGCGUUAUAGCUGUGAAGCUUCUUUAAUUUUGGGAGCCCAUUUCCUUAGGGAAAUGAGGAGACGGCGUAUUCCUUCGGACUCGGAAAUCGCUGCCUGGGAUAGUGAACUACGUGCUGUGCUACCUCAAUUUCAAUGUAAUGCAUUUGAGCCUAAUUCUAAAUGUCGAAAGACUUCAGAAUCAAAUCCAAUUACUCCAUAUAAGUCAAAAUCAAUGGUUACUGAAGGAGAAUUGGGUAAAAAUUUACCUGAUAAUAACAAUGCAAGUGAUGUGAUAAUGCAUUAUCACGCGCCAGUGUUGUUGCCAGGUAAAAAUGACAGUAAUAACACUUAUAUUUCAAAUGCAACUGCAAAUCAAAAUGCUUUUGCUACAGCUAUGGCGAAUGGUAAGCCUCUAGCCAACAAAAUUUUGGAAAAGAUACCACAUAAAUUCAAGGACGCCAUUCACGACAUAAACAAGUUAAUUUGUAUCGCAUCACAAUCAGUUCCAUAUAUACCACUAGGAGGUGUAUUUACUCCGGAUCCUAAAUGUCCAUUGAAGUUAAUGACCAGGAAGAGAUCAAAGACCACUUCGGGGAGUGAGCCAGACGAUUUUGAGGGAUUUCUUCUAAAAAAUGAAUAUCUCCAAGACCACCUCUCGCCGUCAAACCUUCAGGAUGACUACUUUAAUGUAUGCCACACACUAAAUCAACUAUCACAGGAGUGUUCCGGUGGUAAGCAGGAGAAGCCUGAAUUUAAGGAAUCCGAUUUUUACACUUAUCAAGUGGUAGAUGAAAAAAUAGCCAAAACUACUUCCGUGGGCAAAAUGCCUAGCAUUUAUCACCGACUUAGAUGUGCCACUAAUACCAUUAGUACCCUGAACAAGUGGCAUAAUGUCAGAAUUACGUUGGACAAGAAUAUACGUAAACAAUAUACUAGUGAUCGCGCGGAUGGAUUAUUUCCGUUGUAUAUGGAUACAAAUGUUAUAGCUAGGAAUGCUAUCAUAUCUACUCCUUUAAACGCGAAUAGUGGAUUUUGUAUUAAUCAAAAAAAUAUUGUUGGUGAUGUUAAGAGCAAGAAGGUGAGGAAGAGAGAUGAUUUGCCAGAAUCGACACGAAUUAGACAUAUCGGAAUCAGUGAGUUUUGCAGUUUGGUAUCAAACGUGAUACGUCAGGUUGAGUCCAAUUUGGAGACAAUAUCGCAAAUGUCAAAGUGUCCUGCGCUUUUGGAUGACCCCCGGAUGUACAUCAAACAGUCACUCAACUCAUCAAUUCCAAACUUCCCAUCCAUAACCAAUUCAACUUGUGGACUUGAAAAGAAUUUCAAACUAAAGACUGAUCAAGAUACAACUAAUUCAUCAGGAGCAACUAAUCCCAUUGCAACAGCUAAGACUACACUUUCUGAUAGUGAUCACGCUGAAAGUGACACACCUCCUGGCAACUAUAGAAUGCCCAUAUCAUCUAUAUAUAAUGUCAAUAAUAGCCUUUAUGAUUAUGUGAAUUCGUCACGCUACCUGCCAAAGACUCCAAUUGCAUUGAGGGAGUCAGUAGUUGAUUGCGAUUCAAAUUACGCUACUAGGUUGUUUAAGCACAUUUCACCCCCUAAUAAUAACACCAAAAAGAUUACAAGUCCCUCGAACUUAAAUCUUCUGUGCAGUUCUGGUCUAUUAGCACUGAUAAAUCAAGCACAGUAUACAAUGGAUCCAGAAGAAUUAGCUUCUAUCAUUCUGUCGGCUAUGAUGAUAAAUCAUCAGCAAUCAGAUGAACCAGUGUUUGUGGAUAAGGAUGCAAAUGCCAAGUGUCAAAAAGUGGAAUAUAUAAAUGGAGUAGUUGUUUUACACGAUGAACAAAAUAUACCCUCCAUUCAAAAUAUUGAUAAAAAUCAGUUGUUAGUUCAGUACCAAGCGCAAGCUGUUGCUAAAUUGAAACGUGCUUUGAGUUUUUGUACUAUGGGGAACAAGAUGACAAUUCGAGGCCAAAUAGGGAUCAAAAUAUCAAUGCUCCUAAACGAUGUGUUAAAGGUAGCACAGCAUAAGACUAAAUUAUUAGCCAUUUUGGAUAAACUUAGGCAUUUAGAUAAGCGAGCAAUGGAGGUAGCGGCGGAGAGUGAAAAAUUACAUAAGGCGCUUUAUUACUACUAUCAAUCGCUAGUCGCAGGAGAAGUAAACACUAGUGAUACUGGCGGCAAUAAUAACUGUGUUACUGAUAAUAAUGCAGAUGGAAAGAGUGAAGACAAAGUGGAGGCAGAGAAGCCUACUGUGGAAAAAAAACUAGGCAAAUUACCCUCUAAUUAUUUGGAGGAGUUACUAAACUUGGAAGUGUUGCAUAUGGCUUGCGAGACUAUUAUGGAAACAAAAAUCAAGCUGACAGAGCAAAUUAUCAACUUCCUCUAUCACCAAUGCGCAAUCAUGGAUAAAAUUAUCCCCGAAAAUUUGUGCAAAGCUAUAGAAAUCAUUCUGUGUGGGAAAGACAAAAAGUGUAUAUGA